CCUCGAGCUACAGCCUACAAAUAUACGUUCCCAUGCGUAUCAUUUUGUAUAUAAGUAGCAAGUAAUGAGACUUUCUUCCCAUGCCUGCCUAGCUAUAAAAAUCAAUCAUCCAUAGCAACUUUACCCACUCUUUGAACUAACAAAUUAAGCAUUCCUUUCUCUCUAUUUGCUCUCUCCUAGGCGAAAGAAAAUGGGUGUGCCUAAUAAUGCGGGAACUAUUGUGGUGGUUUUAUUUCUUAGUAUACUCUGCAAUGUUGUACCAAGUUUGGGCACGACCUUCAACGUCGGAGGUUCAGAUGGCUGGGGACUUGCCGGUGAUUAUAAAAGCUGGUCUAAGGGCAAGACUUUCAAAGUUGGAGAUACUCUGGUGUUCAAAUACCCAGACGGGCACACGGUGAACGAAGUAAGUGAGGGUGACUACAACUCCUGCACCGCCGCGAACUCCAUCACCUCCGACAGCAGCGGCACCACCACCGUCGCUCUCAAGACUGCCGGAAACCACUACUUCAUCUGCUCCUCCGCCGGCCACUGCGCCAACGGAAUGAAGCUGGCCGUCAACGUCGUAAAGGACUCUGGCUCACCCACACCGUCAUCCCCUGCCGCCGAUUCCACCUCUACUUCUCCAUCGACGCCUCCCAAGAAAGGGUCUUCUUCCUCGGCUGCCGCUUCUCUUCCCUUAGUUCCAUGGCUCGCGAUGAUCAGCUUGGUAGCGGCUGUGAUGAUAUGAUCGAUGAUGGUUCAUCUGGUCCGGCCAGGAUGGAGGCAGUGCGUGCUCUGUAUUUCGUUAAUUUCUUCUCUAAUUAGUAAUCAGUAAUGAAGAUUUCUCGUGUUCAUGUUUUACUCUGUCUGUUUUUGUAUCUACAUUUGGGCGUGAUCACCUAGUUUAAUGACUCUAUAUCAUGGAUUCUGUUGCCUUAAUUUGUUUUGUAGGGGUAAAUUUAUACUUUGCUCAUUGUUAGUAACUACGGAGUACUACUUAGGAUUGAUGAAAUUUGGUAUCUCAAAACCUAUUUAAG